UGGAAAACUCCCGUUCCAUAAGAAUGCGCCGGUCGCAAGCGCACAGUAAGCUCCUGCUAACAGUCGGGGGUAAGCCUCAUGCGACCGCAAAAGAUCAUGUGGCGGAAGAUGCGGAUUCCGGCGGUGAUCUGAAGUCUGCGCCCGGCGACGAUGGAGAUUUCGAUCGCGAGCCAGAAAGCAGCGGUGACGAGCUUGCGAUCGAGAAACCGGCGUGUCAAUUUAAGAGACUUGCGCACACGGCUACGACUCGAUCUACGUCGCGGGCUGCAGGCUUCCGACGACUAGGCGUGCGCAGUAGCCCAGAGAGCACAGCCAGCAAACGCACAAGUCCAGGCUCUACACUGGACGACGAUGACGACGACGACGAGAUCUUUCGUAGUUCACAGGGUUCGCCUAAGCGUCGAAGACAGGAGGGCACCUUCACCAAUCAUCUUGCACCACCAAACGCCAAGUCAGGUUUCGUGCCCCAAAAGUACACGCGAAGCAUAGUUGUGCCGAAGAAAACGGGGAAGGGAAAGAAGUUUGCAAAUUUGGCCGGCAAAAAGAAGGACGCCGAUGCUUCAACUACGAAGAAACCGGCAUUUCGGGGACUGUCGUCCAGAUUGAGAGACAGGUCGGACGCGGCGGACAAGUCAAAUCAAGUCGAUAGCACACGGGAGCGACGUGAGCCUUCGGAGGUCAUUUCGGACGAGGAUGACGAAGAUGGUGGAUUGCAAGAUAGCGAAGAUGCUGAGUGCGCAAUGUGCGGUCAGCCAGUCGACUCACUGCUCCGCGAAGAGUUUGAAGAUGAGCAUCGAGACCAAUUACGAGGACAACGGUUGAACUUUCAAUGGCAAAAACGCUUCUGCCAUUUCCACGGAGUGCAUUCGGCAAAAGCUACGUGGCUUAGUAGGGAUUAUCCUGACAUCGAUUGGGGACGGCUGGACACGAGAAUGCGCAAGCACAACACUACCUUACGCAACAUACUCAACAACACUAGUGGCACACCUUCAUUCUACCGGAACGAGCUCAAGGCGCGGCUCAAGCCUGGAGCGAAGGGCAUCAAACAGACCUUCAAUUCUGGGAAACCAGGGGCAUCCGUGGGUUACUAUGGUCCUCGUGGCGAGAAAGCAAUGACCGACUUCAUCCUGAGCAGUCUAUCGAACGAGAUCCGCUCACGGGCAGCCCAUGACGAUCUCGUAGCAACCUCCGGCGCGCAAGGUGGUGUGUCAGGCUUCGUGCAGGCUGUACUAGUACCGCAUCUCGCAGAGCUGCUCGUGAGCGACGAUAUGAACCUGGACAAGAAUGAUUCCGAUCGAUCUCAGCAGGCGCGUGCCAUCAUCGCUGCGAGUGCGGAGCUGGGAGAGCUCAUACAUCCCGAAGCCGAAGACAAGAUUGAGAUCGUGGAUGAGGAUGAUGCGAAUGAUUGAUGAGACAGUAUCGAAUUAACGAAUAUGAUG